AUGGUUAUGAAGCAUUUUACUAUAUAUUUGGUGAUUAAUGCCUUCUUUAUUCACGUGACCUUACAGGGAGAGCACCAACGGCGUCUAUAUAAGGACCUGAUGAGAAACUAUAACCCAUUGGAGAGGCCAGUGCACAACGACUCUCACUCCCUUACUGUUCACUUGAGUUUUAGCCUUAUGCAGAUCAUGGAUGUGGAUGAGAAGAAUCAAGUUCUAACAACCAACAUCUGGUUACACCUGUACUGGGUAGAUUAUUAUCUGCAGUGGAAUAUGAGCGAUUACCCUGGCGUGACCAAUGUAAGGUUUCCCGAUAGUCUGAUCUGGAGACCUGAUAUUUUGCUGUAUAACAGUGCUGAUGAGCGAUUUGAUGCAACUUUUCACACCAAUGUAUUGGUCAACUCAUCAGGCCACUGUCAGUAUCUACCACCAGGAAUCUUCAAAAGCACCUGCUACAUUGAUGUGCGCUGGUUCCCCUUUGAUGUGCAAAGGUGUGAUCUGAAGUUCGGCUCCUGGACUUAUGGUGGCUGGUCUCUGGAUCUGCAGAUGCUGGAGGCAGACAUUACAGGCUACAUAGCAAAUGGGGAGUGGGACCUAGUGGAGGUUCCUGGCCGACGCAAUGAGAGGUUUUAUGACUGCUGUAAGGAGCCAUACCCUGAUGUUACUUUUACAGUAGUGAUGAGGAGAAGAACGCUCUACUAUGGCCUGAACCUACUAGUCCCAUGUGUGCUCAUCUCCACCCUGGCACUCCUGGUGUUCCUGCUACCAGCUGACUCAGGAGAAAAGAUCUCUUUGGGAAUUACAGUGUUGCUGUCACUGACUGUAUUUAUGCUUCUGGUUGCUGAGAUAAUGCCUGCAACAUCCGAUUCAGUGCCUCUUAUUGCUCAGUACUUUGCCACUACUAUGGUGAUUGUAGGGCUCUCGGUCAUUGCUACAGUGCUUGUUCUACAGUACCAUCAUCACGACCCAGAUGGUGGCAAGAUGCCAAAAUGGACACGUGUGGUGCUGCUGAACUGGUGCGCUUGGUUUUUGCGCAUGCGCCGUCCAGGUGAACGCCGCACCCAAUCAGCCUGCCACAGCAAGCCACAGCACAGAAGCAGCGUGUCCAGUGUAGAGCUGUGUGUCAGCCAGGGGGUGCUACAGUCCAACAACCCCAACACACUCUACAUUGGCUUCAGGGACACCGAAGGGGUUCAAUACAACAGCCCAGCAGAGUCAGCACUGUUUUGUAGGCGCUUUUUGGCAGGCAACAUGGAGGACGUGUUACUGCCGGAGGCUACGGUGUCUCAGUUAGGGGUCGGGGUCAGAGGUGGAGACACCGUGAGUAUUGGAGGAGGAACUUCAGUCACUGAAUUAGGAAAGAUUCUGGAGGAAGUGAGGUACAUUGCGAGGAGAUUUCAAAACAAAGAUGAAGAUGCAAGCCUGUGUAAUGAGUGGAAGUUUGCAGCAGCAGUUAUUGAUCGCAUGUGUCUCAUGGCCUUCACUUUCUUCACCAUACUCUGCACUUUUGGCAUACUCAUGUCUGCUCCCAACUUUGUGGAGGCAAUUUCUAAAGACUUCUUCAGUUAAACAAGAGUUAGAACCUGCACAGAUGUUUUGUUUAGUUUCUCGUGCACAGUGUGAUUCCUGUACCACUGAUUCUGAUACACAGUGCACAUUAACACAUUAUAUUUGGAGUAUUUCUGAGUCACAAACGGUUUGUUUCA